GAUUCUGACUACCUACCUACCUGUAGUUUUUCUUGCUUGCUUGCUUGCUUGCUUGCUGCUUCGUCCCCUUCCCCGCUACAUGCUGCCGGGACGCGUGUCGGCGUUUAUUGUGGGCGUGGGAUUGGUAGGUGGGUGGCUUUGGUUGUGGGGGGUGGCGCUUUUACGUUUUGGUUGGAGCCUUGGGUUGUUUGGGCUGUCGGAUCGGUCGCGGGUAGUGACAAGUGUUGGGCUGGGUGGAGGUUGUUCGGGGAGGAAGAGGCUGAUCAUGGGGUGUUUGGUGCCUUGGUUGGGUUGGUGGUGUUUUGGUACGGUGAGGCGUUCAGUUUAGGUACUCUGUGAAUGCUGGUUGACGCCGGGGGCUGUGAGCUACGGAGAGUCACCCGAUCAUUCGAGCCCCUCGCACGAAGAAACCCGGGAAAGGCGUCUGUUUUACUGGAGCUGUUUCUGAGCAUCAUGGCGUGUACAUAUAGUCCUUCCACGAAUCCCAAACGAACCUGCUUAGAAAGGCCGCGGCGACUUCGGCAAUAAGGUUGCAAUAAACCGACUCAUU